AUGUUGGGUAAUAUCUCGAGGGCUCGGUCCUCGAGGGGUCUCAUUUCUUUAGACCUCGGCUCGGCGCGAGCUAUCCAGAAUCGCCGAUAUUCGAGUUACGACUCGACUUUGAAGAAUCUCAAGAUCGGUAGCCACACGCGGGUUAUUUUUCAAGGAUUUACAGGAAGACAAGCCACUGCCAAUGCUCGCGAGUCCCUAGAAUGGGGAACCAAGAUCGUGGGAGGUGUAACGCCCGGCCGAGAGGGUGAACAUCUAGGCUUACCAGUCUUGCCUUCUGUUCGUAAGGCAAUGGAAAUCCUCAAACCGGAUGCGACGGGUAUAUAUGUAGCAGCGCAUCAAGCUACGGGCGCUAUCGAAGAAGCAAUUGAAGCCGAAGUACCUCUUAUUGUCGCUGUGGCCGAACAUAUUCCUCUUCACGAUCUUCUUAGGAUUCACUCUAUCCUUAAAACACAGUCUAAGUGUAGGCUUGUGGGUGCAAAUUCUCCAGGCAUCAUAUCCGCCGUUGGAAAAUGUAGAAUAGGCUUCCAACCUCUACCAUGCUUCCAACCCGGGCGCAUAGGUAUUGUAGCAAGAUCAGGAACACUAAGCUAUGAGACCGCCGCGUCUACGCUCAGGUCCGGUCUAGGCCAAAGUUUAUGUAUAGGAGUUGGCGGUGAUAUUCUCCCAGGCACCAAUUUGGAAGAGGGCUUACAAAUCCUUCUCGAAGAUGAUGACACGGAGGGUAUCGCGUUUAUAGGAGAAAUUGGUGGGGAUGGCGAGCUUGAGGCUGCCGAAUUGAUUAAGGAGUAUCGAGCCAAGGCACAAAAUCCGAAACCGAUUGCCGCUCUUGCCGCGGGUGUGAAUGCCGUCCCGGGGCGAAUAAUGGGCCAUGCUGGAGCAUUCGACCUACCUGGUGAACCCUCAGCGACGAUGAAGAUUGAAGCUCUUAAAGCGGCUGGGGCAACCAUAAUCAACCAUCCCUCGCGAUUCGGGCUAGUGCUAAAAUCCAUCCUCGAUGGCUCAACACCCGCCGGUGCCGGCGUGACUACUUCAGGCAGCGCCACCCAACGAAGAGGUAUACACACAAUAACCCGUCGACCCAACCCAACCCAGAAUUCCCGAUACCAGGGGGUAAAAAGCCAGAAACGGAGUAUAUACCUAACCUCCAACACCGCCGCAAACCUCCUACUCCAGCGCAACAUCCCCAUAACCCAAGACCCGAGCCCAGGUCCCAGGAAGCUCCUCGCCGUGAGCAUAAACCGGUCCACGCGAAGCCCCUGCAUAGUCGCCUCCCCAACAAACGACGUAUCCCAAGCCGCCAAACUCGACUUUCCUUAUAACCAACCAGAAGCCAUAGACCUACCGUUCGCAUCCACAGUAGCCAGACACUUACGCCUCGAUCCCAUUUACAUUUCUCCUCUCCAUGACAUCCUGCGCAAACUUAUCGCGCUCUUUAUCGAGAAAGAAGCGUUCCUCCUAUCCACCCAAAUAAUUACGAGUCCGAAUACCGAAACCCUGUCACUUAGCGCAACGGGUCUGCGUCUAGGUUUUGACGACGCCGCAUACCGUAGCACGAAUCGCCAGUCCGAUAUCCACGUGCUGCGUAACAUAUCUACUGAAGAUCCUGCCGAAGUCGCCGCUGAGAAGGAUGGCAUCGUGUACAUCAAACUACGCGAUGGAAACAUCGGCACGCUAGUCAACGGCGCAGGGUUAGCUAUGAACACCGUCGACGCCUUAUCCGACGCCGGUGGUCGUGCAGCGAAUUUCCUAGAUACGGGUGGGAAAGCGACGAGCGAGACGGUGAAGAAGAGUUUUGAAGCCAUUCUGACGGAUGACAGGGUCAAGUGCAUAUUCGUCAACAUAUUCGGUGGUCUGACGCUCGGCGAUAUGAUCGCCCGGGGCGUCGUGCUCGCGUUUCGCGACUUGCAGAUGUCGGUUCCCGUCGUGGUGCGCAUACGCGGGACGAAUGAGAAGGAGGGGCAGAAGAUAAUCGCCGACAGCGGAUUGCCGCUUUUUGCAUUCGACGAUUUCGAUGAAGCGGCUGCUAAGGCUAUAGAAUUGGCGAACAAGGGAUUGUAGAUAGGUGGUAUACGUGCUUUUAGAGCAUCUCGUUAUUAACUUUAUUAUUAUUGUGAAAUAUAGCGUCUAGUCUAUAUGAAAAUAUUAUUCUACGUUGGC